GAAGUGCCACCCAGCCAGCAUCAGAAAUCAAUGGAUGAUCAGCGCCAAGAGGGUGAAGAUUCAGAGUUAGAUGAUACCGCAGGCAGCUCAGAGCCCAGGCUGAGAGAUACCCCUGAGGACAUCUUAUUUGAAGCUGCUGUGAACACCAUUGCAUUUCACCCCAGUCAAGAUAUACUUGCUGCAGGGGAUGUGGAAGGAGAUGUGUUUGUGUACUCUUAUUCCUGCUGGGAAAGUGGAAAUAAAGAGCUCUGGUCAUCGGGACACCAUCUUAAAUCCUGCAGAGAUUCUGCAUUUACCAGCGAUGGCCAACCUCACCUUUAAACUGCCUGCUGCUGAUCGAUGAGAACCUCUUUGCCACAGGAGAUGACAAUGGGAUGCUAAAAGUGUGGGAUCUGCAUCGAGACACGUCCUUUAUGGAGAUGAAGAACCAUGAAGAGUACAUCAGUGACAUGGCCAUUGAUGAGAACAAAAAGAUGCUGCUAACUGCCAGGUAUACCAGUGGCUUUCACAGUUCCUCUAGCACCGGGCAAUGAAUAACAUCUGUUCAGAUAAUAUUAAUGCUGGGGUUGUAGAAGAAAUUAUGAUUUAUGCUUCCAUUGCCAUAACAAGGCCCUGCAGUGUACCAUAGCCAUGACAUGGCGCUGUACUAUACCACAGCCAUACUGUAGUCAUGAUUAGACUGCGUACUAAACCCUAGUUGCAUUAAGUCCCAUUAUAGCCAAGGCCCUGCACUACAUAAUACAGAACUCUUAGCAUUUUGAAUUAAGGCAAUAAUAACUGCAACAGACCCAAGCCACUUUUGAUAAGCAGCACAUACAUUGGAAAAUAAAAGUUUUUUCUUUACAAUC